CUUCUCCGAGGUUGGAAAAUGCUAAAAAGUGGCGUCUCCACUCAGAAUGAGGAAAGGAAGCUCGUUCGCCCGACAGGCAUUGACCCUCUGGAAGCAAGAAUAAGAGGAUGUAGGGGGAAAUGUUUUGAUUUUUUUUAAAGAAUCAGAGGAUGUAGUGGCGCCCGUGCGUGACGCGGAGCAGGCGCGGUGUGGCCACCUCAAGCCGACAGACAAGGAAGGACCGGCUGCGACACGCGGAAGAAGGCCCAUCGCCCGGCACCGCUGGUUCUCCGGCCGAUACGCGCAGCUCACCCCACUGGUAAAAGAACCGCGUCCUCAUGGCUGAGGUGAAGGUGAAGCUGCAGCCGCCCGACGCGGAUCCAGUAGAAAUAGAAAACAGGAUUAUAGAAUUAUGUCAUCAGUUCCCUCAUGGAAUCACAGACCAAGUAAUUCAAAAUGAAAUGCCUCAUAUAGAAGCUCAGCAGCGGGCAGUGGCAAUCAAUAGACUGUUGUCUAUGGGUCAGUUGGAUCUCUUAAGGAGCAAUACAGGUCUUCUGUAUAGAAUAAAGGAUUCUCAGAAUGCUGGCCCUGUCUCAUUCUUUUUAAGUAAAAUGAAGGGAUCAGAUAACCAAGAAAAACUAGUAUAUCAGAUCAUAGAAGAUGCAGGAAAUAAAGGAAUAUGGAGCAGAGACAUCCGGUAUAAAAGUAAUUUGCCAUUAACAGAAAUUAACAAAAUUUUAAAGAAUUUGGAAAGUAAAAAGCUUAUCAAAGCUGUUAAGUCUGUAGCAGCCUCAAAGAAAAAGGUGUAUAUGCUCUAUAACCUGCAGCCAGACCGGUCUGUAACUGGUGGAGCCUGGUACAGUGACCAGGAUUUUGAAUCUGAAUUUGUAGAGGUGCUUAACCAACAGUGUUUUAAGUUCCUACAAACCAAGGUAGAGUUGUCUAUGGAGGACAUUGAAACCAUCUUGAAUACACUCAUAUAUGAUGGGAAAGUGGAGAUGACUAUCAUCGCUGCAAAGGAAGGCACAGUUGGCAGUGUAGACGGACACAUGAAAUUGUACAGAGCAGUCAAUCCAAUCAUCCCACCUACGGGCUUGGUCCGGGCCCCCUGUGGACUCUGCCCUGUUUUUGAUGACUGCCAUGAAGGUGGUGAGAUUUCGCCCUCUAACUGCAUUUACAUGACAGAAUGGCUUGACUUUUAAUAGAGCUAGGAACUUUAUGACAUCUUUCAAAUGAAGUUAUUUUGGGAACAAAUUAUUUAACUCAUGAUGGAACAUCAAUUUCCCUUGAAAGCAAACUUCACAAUAAUGGAUACAGACUUACUGCUAUGAAAAUGUAUUUUUUAAAUCUAUGAAGACUAAAUUUAUAUUGGUAGAGUAGCCAUCAGAAUAUACAGCAGGUAAGUGAAAUCCCUUCUUUAAUAAAUAAAAUACUUUGAAGUUCUGGAGGACAACAUCCGAAGCUUUCAAGAUUUGACUGUCCAAAAAAAAAAGAACCCAACAAAUGCAUAUUUACCAAUGGAUAAUAGCCGGAGCCUAAAAAUGCUUGUUUUAAAGCUAUUUAUUAAGGUCUUCAUUGGAAAUUGUUUAUAUCUGGUUCACUGUCACCAUUUCUGUUCCCUCAGUGGUUCCACUGAGAAUAAAUUAAAACAGGAAAGGCAGGAAUA